GGAUAAAAAAAAGCUUUAUAAAUGCACCAGUUUGGGCUGACUAAGCUACUAUAGGAGCCGCUAGACGUAAACUACUCCAAAGUCAACGCCUUUGACUGACUUUGCAAAGCUUAUAGAACUGUGAGCACGGAAGACACUUGCAUCUGUGAAUCAGCUUCUACUUCUACUAUCUACUUCUUUUUCGGGGUUAGCCGCCAGCUGCUCAUCAUCAGGCAAUGGGCCUCGUGGUCUGGCCAAAACUGUAUUUUUGGCUAAGACUCAGUUUAUAACACUUUGUACGCAACUCGUAAUGUCGUUCAUCAUAAUCUUGAGGGGAUUGGUCUUACAAAACAUUGUCACACAUUGUUUAGGCCGUGUCUCUUUAAAACCGCGCUAAACUUCGUUCACUCUUAUACUCGUACGUUUUUAUGCAUGCCUGACUUAUAGCUGAUUUUUCAAUCGUCGGAUAACUUAACUGAAGAAUAAGUUUGGCACAUGACAGUUUUUCUUCAGUUAAAAAAAGAUAUCUGACAAUUGAAAAAUCAGCCCUUAAUGAAAUAUUUGCUGGUAAAGAAUCAAAAUGUUUUUUAUCUCAGAUGUUUUGUUGUUAAAAAUAUCCGUUGGUGAUCACUAAUCAGUGAAGAACUUUAACCAGUGAAGUGAUUGGAAUCAACGAACAGACCGAACUUGUCAUCUUUAAACUGCCAUCAUUCGUGGUAAAAAUUAAAAGUUGCAACAAUAUGGAUAAAAUUAAAAGUCGUUUCCGUUCCGAAAAUUGGACUCGAGAAGAAAAGGACUUACUCCUGGAAUUAAUGCGGGACUCAUCCCAUAUUGUCGAUAAUAAGCAAACCGACACAGAUACUAACAGACGCAAACACUUGGAAUGGCUGAAGAUACAAAACAGUUUAGCUGAAAUGACUGGAAAGAUACGAGAUGUUCCUCAACUAAAGGGACGUUGGAGGAGAAUGAAAAUGGAUGCAAAGAAUAAUAUUUUGCAAAAUGAAAAAUCUGAAAGGCUGACUAAUGAAGGAAACAGCUCACAAUCGUCUUCAGAAGAUGAUUUUUUAUGCACGUCGCGAAUGGAUCAUGUUGAAAACGAACAAAAUAUAGAGGAAAAUCAAGGGAAUGAUCAUUUAACGAAAAUUCAUGACUUCAAGCGUCGUAAGACUGAAACCAGUCAUAGAAGCAUGGUUUUGGCGGGUAACAUUGACUUAAAAAACUAUACAAAAACACUUAUGAAGGAAGAGCAUGAGCUGAAGAUGGAAUAUCAUAAGUUAGAAUUAAGCCACCAACAGGCGCGCCAUAAAUUGGAAAUUGAUGUUUUAUUAUUAGAGAAGGAGAAAAAAGAGUUGGAAGUAAAAUUAUUAAAAGACAGAUUAAAAGAUUAAAAAUCUUGAUAAAUA